UGGCUGGAGUCCAGUUCAUCUGACUGAGCUCAGGAAGCCGAGGAGAUGUGCUAAGAAAAAGACAAGCAAUCAGCGUGAGUGCGGCGUCUGUUUGCACCUGCCACUGAAAAGACAGAUCUGCCAGCACGGCUUUUGUCGCCUGCCUGGCGAAUGAGAGACGGAGGCCUCCCGGCCGAGGGGAAUGGAAUCCAGCCAUGCGACUCUGACUGGAGUUGUUGUUUGUCUUGUGCUGUCAGUGGGCAGCGUUUGCCUGCGCUGUCCUGCUGCUGCUCCUGACUGUUUCCAGAUAAUAUCAAAAGCGUAGGCUGAAAAAUUCCCUGCCUGCCUAACUCCCUUCCUUUUUGAGGUUGUCACUAAGCCUCUCUUGCUUGUUUACUUCGAUUACCGGUUAGGGGGAUGGAUGCCUGGGUCUGCACUAGGGAUAAACUUCACUGGUGGGUCAGUUUAAAGUAGUGCACAUUUUGCAUCUCUGGAGGACUGUGCUGGCCUGAAUAUUUUUCUAUUUUCAUCCACCGACGUGCCAUUUUUAUCAUUAACUGCCCAGUGGUUACACAGAGGCUGUAGUUUCCAUAGAAAUGAAGAUAACUGGGAAUCUCUGGAGAUAGAGUGUCGGAGCGAGGUGAAGGAGAGGCACUGGAAAAGAACUCUGUUACGCUUCCUUGAGUCGUGGGUGAGAAAAGGUUUGAUGUUGGUGCAGGUGGAGGUCACCUGUUCGGGACGGAUGAAUAACAAAAGAGUUUCGUAAAGACUCACGGCUUCCUCACUUUUAGGAAGAGAAGGAAAUAUACAGAGACAUGUUCUGAAAGCUUUCCCUUUUCUGAGUCGCCCGAAGCAGAACAAAAAUGUGUGAAAUGCUCUUCUGCUCUCAAUUGGCUCUUUAUGUGCCCCCGGUUUGAACUGUUGGUCUCAUUUUUCAGUUCCUGGAAUACAAAAUCUAUACUGCCAAUUCACAGACUGUAUCAUUUUCAUUUCUGCAGAGAUUCCGGCACCAUUACAAGACAGUUGUAGCAUGCGGGACAGUCGGUUGCUAAUCUUGUAAGAUGAUCGCAUCUGUUUUCCUCUGCAUAUGCAGUGGGGUAUGACAUCAGCAAAGUGGGGAUUAUCAACCCAAAUCUAUAGUUGCUGAUCAUAUCGUUUGUGCCUCGCAUGGAAUUCUGCUGAUUCUUUGGGACAGGACUUUAUCCUUUAGCACAAAAGUGUAACAAGUUCACUAAAGUCAGCACCCAGAUACAAGACAAUGGACGACUCCAGUAUAUUAAGGCGAAGAGGCCUCCAGAAGGAGCUGAGUCUUCCCAGAAGAGGCAGUUUCUGUCGGACCAGCAACCGGAAGAGUUUGAUAGUGACAUCCAGCACCUCUCCCACUUUGCCUCGCCCUCACUCACCACUGCACGGACACCCAGGAAGCAGUCCAUUGGACAGUCCACGUAAUUUUUCCCCAAACACCGCUGCCCACUUCUCCUUUGUCCCAGCUCGCAGCCAUGGACACAGGGCUGACAGGACGGACGGGCGCCGAUGGUCUCUUGCCUCUUUGCCGUCCUCCGGAUAUGGAACAAACACCCCCAGCUCAACAGUGUCGUCAUCAUGUUCAUCUCAGGAAAAGCUGCACCAGUUGCCCUUCCAGCCCACCGCAGAUGAGCUGCACUUCCUCACCAAACACUUCAGCUCGGAGAGCAUCACGGAUGAGGACGGGAGGAGAUCUCCAGCCAUGCGGCCCCGCUCACGGAGUCUCAGCCCUGGACGCUCUCCCAUAACCUUUGACCAUGAGAUCGUCAUGAUGAACCAUGUUUACAAGGAGCGUUUUCCCAAGGCUACUGCACAAAUGGAGGAACGUCUGGCUGAAUUCAUUUCCUCCUCAGCUCCUGACAAUGUCAUGCCUUUAGCUGAUGGUGUCCUGAGCUUCAUCCACCACCAGGUCAUUGAGCUGUCCCGUGACUGCCUGGAUAAAUCCCGCGAGGGUCUUAUCACCUCCCGCUACUUCUACGAACUACAGGAGAACCUUGAGAAACUGCACCAAGAUGCUCAUGAGCGCUCAGAAAGUGGGGAGGUGACUUUUGUCACCCAGCUGGUAAAGAAGCUAAUGAUAAUCAUCGCCCGACCCGCCCGUCUGCUGGAGUGUCUGGAGUUUGAUCCAGAGGAAUUUUACCACCUGUUAGAGGCUGCUGAGGGUCAUGCUAAAGAGGGUCAGGGUAUCAAAUCUGACAUCCCGCGAUACAUCAUCAGUCAGCUGGGUCUCACUAGGGACCCCCUCGAGGAAAUGGCCCAGCUGAGCAGCUAUGAUAGCGGUAACCCUGAAACACCAGAGACCGAAGAAUCCACAGAUGGUCGAGGAGCCGCUGUACAGACUCCACAGCCACAGCCCAAAACUAAAACUCCUCGUGAAGAAGACUUUGAGACCAUUAAACUCAUCAGUAAUGGAGCUUAUGGAGCUGUGUUUCUGGUGAGACAUAAGGAGACCCGUCAGCGCUUUGCCAUGAAGAAGAUCAACAAGCAGAACCUAAUCCUGAGGAACCAGAUCCAGCAGGCCUUUGUAGAAAGAGACAUACUUACAUUUGCAGAAAACCCUUUUGUUGUCAGCAUGUUCUGCUCAUUUGAGACAAGGAGACACCUUUGCAUGGUUAUGGAGUAUGUGGAAGGUGGUGACUGUGCCACUCUGCUGAAGCACAUUGGAGCUCUACCUGUGGACAUGGCACGCAUGUACUUUGCUGAGACAGUCUUAGCGCUGGAAUACCUUCACAACUAUGGCAUUGUGCACAGAGACCUUAAACCAGACAAUCUUCUCAUUACAUCUAUGGGACACAUCAAACUGACAGAUUUUGGCCUAUCCAAGAUCGGUUUAAUGAGCUUAACAACCAAUCUGUAUGAGGGCCACAUCGAAAAAGACACUCGGGAAUUUCUGGACAAACAGGUGUGUGGUACUCCUGAAUACAUAGCACCAGAGGUCAUUUUGAGGCAGGGCUAUGGUAAGCCAGUGGACUGGUGGGCCAUGGGAGUCAUCUUGUAUGAGUUUUUGGUGGGCUGUGCUCCUUUCUUUGGAGAUACACCUGAAGAACUGUUUGGACAAGUCAUCAGUGAUGAGAUAAUCUGGCCAGAGGGUGAUGAAGCUUUACCUCAUGAUGCUCAAGAUCUCAUCUCCAAACUUCUGCGACAAAACCCUCUGGAGCGUCUGGGGACAGGGAGUGCAUUUGAAGUGAAACAGCACCGCUUCUUCAGUGAUCUGGACUGGAACAGUCUCCUGAGGCAGAAAGCCGAGUUCAUCCCUCAGCUGGAGUCAGAAGAUGACACUAGCUACUUUGACACACGAUCAGAUCGCUAUCAUCAUGUGGACUCAGAGGAGGAGGACGACACAAAUGAUGAUGAUCAUCUUGAGAUCCGACAGUUCUCUUCCUGCUCUCCACGAUUCAGCAAGGUGUAUAGUAGUAUGGAGCGUCUGUCCUUGCACGAGGAGAAGCGCACUCCUCCUCCUACUAAGCGCAGUCUGAGUGAAGAGGGAGGAGAGCGGAUCGAUAGUCUCAGCGGGUUAAAGUCCAGAGAUCGGAGCUGGCUGGUGGGCUCACCUGAGAUCCUAAGAAAGCGUCUCUCUGUUUCCGAAUCCUCUCACACUGAGAGCGACUCCAGCCCUCCUCUGACCGUACGCAGGCGCUGCUGCUCGGCUAUCAUCGAAAUGCCUCGAUUUGCCAUCUCCAGCGAAGAGGAUGGGGGUGUGGGAGGCCGAAAGACCCCUGUGAGGGGUCCUCGUGGAGAAGAUCUGCCCCAGUCAAUACCAGAGCUCCCUGUGGAGAGAGAGCUGAGACUGGAUGAAUCCCCCACAACACCCGGCUCCACAUUGAGCCAAAUCAGCCAGUCCACACCCACACCGGGGAGUUCUGGUGAUGUGUUGGAACGGGUCACUCGCAGUGCCGAAAGCUCUGAUAACUCCACUCCUAAAGCCAUCAGUGAUCUGGCUGCCCGCAGAGCACGUCACAGACUGUUGUCAGGAGACACUGAGAAACACACAUCACGCCCACUCAACAAAGUUAUCAAGUCAGCAUCUGCCACCACCCUGUCACUCAUGAUCCCUUCUGAUCACCAUGGUGUCUCUCCUUUGGCCAGCCCCAUGUCCCCUCACUCUCUCUCAUCUAAUCCAUCGUCCCGUGACUCUUCUCCCAGCCGAGAUCUGUCACCGGCGAUCAGCAGUAUUAAACCUGCCAUAGUCAUUCACCGAGCUGGCAAGAAAUAUGGCUUUACCUUACGCGCCAUCAGGGUUUACAUGGGAGACACAGACAUUUAUACCGUACAUCACAUGGUCUGGCACGUGGAAGAUGGAGGACCUGCUCAUGAUGCUGGACUGAGAGAAGGAGAUCUUAUCACACAUGUUAAUGGAGAGCCAGUCCAUGGACUGGUGCACACAGAAGUUGUAGAACUCAUUUUGAAGAGUGGCAGUAAAGUGUCGAUCUCUGCUACGCCCUUCGAGAAUACAUCCAUUAAGGUUGGCCCUGCACGCAAAACCAGUUCUAAGUCCAAAAUGGCUCGGCGCAAUAAGAAAAACAAAACUAGAGAAGGACAGGACAGUAAGAAGAAAAACUCCCUGUUCCGUAAGAUCACUAAGCAGGUGACUCUCCUUCACACCAGCCGCAGUCUGUCCUCUCUCAAUCGCUCUGUUUCGUCUGGUGAGAGUGUACCAGGGUCUCCUACGCACAUGUCUCCACGUUCACCCACACAGGGCUGUCGUUCUACACCUGACUCCGCCCACUCAGUCGGUGGGAACUCAUCUCAGAGUAGUUCACCUAGUUCCAGUGUGCCAAACUCUCCUGCUAGUUCUGGUCAGAUUAGACCCAGUUCCUUGCACGGUCUAGCCCCUAAACUGCAGAGGCAGUACCGCUCUCCCCGGCGCAAAUCUGCAGGCAACAUCCCCUUAUCCCCACUUGCCCGCACACCAUCUCCCACCCCUCAGAGCACCUCGCCCCAGCGCUCCCCUUCACCUCUACCAAGCCACGGCCUUAUCACAUCAUCAAUAGGCCAGUCCUUUCCUGUAAAACUCCAUUCUUCUCCUCCGCUGGUACGACAGAUAUCCCGCCCGAAGAGUGCAGACCCUCCACGUUCUCCUUUACUCAAACGUGUCCAGUCCGCAGAGAAACUCGCAGCUUCUCUUUCUUCGUCGUCGUCUUCUCCCUCAUCCACUGCUGACAAAAAGCUGCCAGUCGGCGGCAGCCGCAAACACAGUCUUGAUACCUCGCAUUCAGAGUUUAAAAAGGAGAUGCUGCAGAGAGACCCUAGUUUGCAAAGCCUGCAGGAGUCAGCCAGUGAGACUCUGCUAGGUGGACGAGUGUCUCCGGCAGAAAAGGGCAGUCUACAGAAGAGUUCAGUUCGCAAGUUGGGGCGGCAAGAAGGUCCCGAGUCUGGAACCGUAAGUCUGGGACUUGUUCCUGGGAAGAGUAAACUUAAAGACAAGUUGUCCGCAAUACGCCAGGAUCGUGCUGAACGUCGUGAGUCUCUGCAGAAGCAAGAUGCUAUCCAUGAGGUGGACUCCUCAGAAGAUGAGACAGAUGAAGGAUCGGAAGAUAGCCAGGAUGGACGUCGGCCAUGCUAUGUUCCUCCUAGCCAUAUCCUGCGGCCGUCUACUGUAAUUGCCUUACCCCAUACCAUCAGAAUGGGACCUGCGGCUCCACCAACAUUGGGUCUGACGUCCUCCACAGUUGCACCCCCAGGCUCACCUCAAACCAGCCGAGGACUGCAUGUUCCAACCCAAGUUACCACCCAGUCGCAGAUGCAAACUUCAACCUCACCACCAAUGCAAGCUGCAGCCAAACCCUCAGAACAGAUUCUCACAACGCCCCUGCCCUCUACUGUGUCCCAAGACUCCAGUUUAACACUAGCUGAGGAUUUGACAAAGGUAGAGUCAAGGGAACAGGACUCUCAGUCCACUGCUAGGCCUUCUCCACUUCAGCCCAGUCCUUUGCCCAGCACCUUUUCCACCCAUGGCAGCGCUUUUACCUCCGUUAUCAAAGACCCAUUUGUCAAACCGACCCCACCCCCACUGGAUCGAAGGACCUUGAAAACCUCUGAGCCCAGGUCCAAACCCAGUAGCAAACUAGAUUCUAGCACUGCCUCUGUGGUAUCCAGAGACACCCCUAUUGCUACCACACCAACUGGAGGUAUCACAAAGGAGAUGAAGGAGGCUGACAAUCGCAGGCAAGCUGCCGCUGCCGCUGCUUCUGCAUCUUCUGCAUCCACUCCCUCCGAAAGUGGAAUGGACAAAGUCGUUUCUCAGCUGGCCACUGUGGCUAAAAGCGUGCUGGGUCCUGUCAAACUCAACAUCCCAGGAACUAAAGAGGCCCUGGAGCGAUCAAAGGACCAGUGUCCCCAGACAGAUGUUACCCACCCAAAGAUAAAAGAACGUCGACUGGAACAUCCAAAUUCUCCUGACCGCACGAGUACUUCUGGUGGUUCUGGCUCUCGUUCUCCUCGGCUGACUGAAUCUCCCUCUAAACAAACAUCGACCAAAUCUGAGCCAACGUCGUCUUCUCAAAAAUCUGUAGAGGCUCCAGGGACUUCUAAAAAGCCAACUCCUCCAAACUCCCAAGGUGGCGAAGAGCAACAGGACAGAUCAGGGACACCACAAAGUGGUACCACACCAAGGUCUAGGUCUGAAGCACAAUCGCAGACCCAGGCCAAGCCAAGUUCCACAAUGUCACGAGAUAAAUCAAAUAAAACAACGUAGCAGAUAAAGCGUGUUUCUUCAGCUUUAACUAAUUUAGCUUUCCUAUUAACGGAAAAACAUUGAGGCAGUUGACCUGUUUAAAGUGAAAAGAGUGGAAAGAUAAGACAAGUAAGUGAUGUUGUGAGCCUAAAUGCUUCAUUUCAGAAUGUUUUAUGCUUCGCCAUUCACACAAUAUUGUUUUAAAACGUUUUUCUUAUCAGUUCCAAAAACCUGGAGAAAUACUAGGUUAAAGGAGACAGAAACCAUACCCACAUACAAGAUCAUAUGUGACCUCUUUUAUAUUAUCUCACUAUUCUUUUAAAAGUCUCUGUAGUAGGUAUAGCUGUGCCUUAAAGAAACACCUCAAAAUUUUACUAGUACGUCUUUCUACUUGUUCAUCUUUAGAGCAAUGUUUCUCAAUUCCAGCCUUCCAUAAGAUUCAACUCAUCUUCUUAUUUGCGUGUUAAAGACAAGACAUCGACAACAUUACACUUGUUUGACAAUGCAGUGAUUGUUCUGUGCAGCGCUGCAUGAGGUCGAUCAAGCCUUUAUGGCAGGAGUGGGGAACCCUGGGUCCUGGAGGGCCACUGUCCUGCAGAGUUUAGUUCCAACCCUAAUCAAACACACCCAAAUUUAAUUUCCAAGUAAUCCUGAAGACUUGAAUUAGAUUUUUCAGGUGUGUUUUAUUAGGGUUGGAACUAAAACUGACAGUAGCCCUCCAGGACCAGGGUUCCCCACCCCUUCUUUAUGAGAAAGGGCUGAUGAGUUGAAUCAGAUGUUUUUCUAAACAGGGAGACAUCUGAAACAUUCUGGGACAUGGGGCAUGAGGACUGAAUUUGAGAAACGCUGCUUUAGAGGAAGACAUAUUGCAGCAAUAAAAGUAUGCAGAGCACAGUAUCACACCUGUUAUAUGUAAAGAAAACCAAACUUCAUUUUUAAACAUUCUUGCACUUGUCGGUUUUCAGGUGUUGUCGAACAGCGUUCAGAUGCUAAUGAAAUCCCCCUCACAUCCACCAGUUUAUGCCAACUAAAAAUUGGAUGCGUAAUGUGGUCAAUUUGUAUCAAUUUACAUGUCUGAUUUUGCCUAAAAAGCAAGUAAAUUGCACAUCAUUAUUUGAAAAUGAACAUUUUCAAUUUGGGGGAUCAGAAAUGUUCAACAUUUUAAGCGGACCAUUGUUUUAAUUUCUUUCCUGCUCGCUUAUUUUAUUAUCUGGACCAAUUUCCUGUUUCUGUAUAUUUGGUUUCUUUUAGAAGGACUCGUAUCUAGAUUGUGUGUUCGUGUGAGAGCGUACGUGUGCCUGUGUAUAUAAAAGCAUGUCUGCGUGUGGGUUUGUGUGGGUUCUUACACAAUGAAUAUUAGAAAAAAAUGUUCUUUGUCAGUUUUAUGCCCUACAGGAUGAAAGUGUGUUUUCGAAUCUUUGCCGUAUACGCUGUGUUUGAUUUAGCUUUUUGUCAAAUCUAGGCAAGGCUGUAUUUGCACAAACCCUUUUUAUUUUAUUUGUCAUUAAUAUGAAAACCAAUAAAUACAGUAUCCAAUUAGAUCCCAA